GGUUAUAAUUGUAGAUACCGGUAUUAUACCCCCAGGUAUCACCUGCACAGGGGUUGAUUAAUUCAAACUGUGUAUAUUCAAGAGGAACAACAAAUUAAAUCCAGUCUUAACUGUUGGUGGAGAUUUAUUCGGCCAAGUUUAUUUUUACAAGUGUCUUAUCUGAUUUUUUAUUUGGGGAAAAAUAUAGUUUGACCAUAAUCAGAUUUUGAUACCGGUACCUCUCUCACUAUAUAUCAAGAAGGAAACAGGGACCUUUACAUUCACCUUUAUGCAUUGACACUUUGUAUUGAAAUACCUUCAAGGUUUUGAUUGGUCUAUAUAAGUUUUGUUACUAUGGGAACUGGGGAAGGAAAUUGGUUAGAGAGUCCGUUCCUGACUGCUGCAACAUCUUUGGCUGAUAUCCGCAAGAAGAAGAAUGCAGAGAAAGAGAAGGAAAGAGAAAAGGCACAGAACCUUGCUGAUGCAGAUUAUUCUGCCAGAGAGCUGAAUCCAUACUGGAAGGAUGGUGGUACAGGCCUGCCAGAGGAACGGGACACCUCUCACCACCAAAUACCUCAGCCAGCCAGGAAGGUAGGACAUGGGGUUGACGGAGGUGUCAGCUGGCUUAAGAAGUCUUACCAGAGGGCAGUCGAGCAGGCCAGGGAGAGUGGUAGACCAGUAGAUGAUGUGGUGGCUGAACGGUGGGGGUCUGUUGCAGAAUAUGAGAGACUGCUUGAUGAGGCAGUAGAAGCAAGUGAUGGACAUUCUAGAGGACCACCACCAGGAUGGAGAAAGAGAAAGGAUGAUGAUGGGGAUGGCAGACGAAGAGAGGGAGGAAGGAGAGAUGAUGAGAGGGAUCGAAGGAAAGAUGACAGAGGAGGGAGGGAUAGAGAGGAUAGAUAUGAAUCUAGGGAUAAAUUCCAGAGGUAUGACUCUGAUUCCAGGCGAGACUUGUCCAGUAGGGGCUUCAAGAAGCCUGGAGAUGACGGUGACAGUUUGCGAUCAAAAUUCCAAAGGCCCCGGGAUGAAGGUGUUAGGAGAGACGAUAGGCAUAGAUCACGCUCAUCGUAUGAUGAAGGGUCAUCGUCAAGGGAACGUAGUAGGAAUGAUGAUCUACCAAGUUGGAGAAAGACUGGGUUUAAGAAACCAGGAGAGAAUGAGGAUGAUUCUUCAACUCAUUCAAGAUCCUCCUCCUCCAGAAUGAAACCUCCACCAGCAUCAAGUUCCUCCAGCAGGGGUUGGAGGAAGCAGGGAUUCAAGAGACCUGAUGAUGAAAGGGAAGGUGCUAGAUCAAGCCCCUCAUCAUCCGGAGGAUGGCGGAAGUCUAGCACCUACGGACCUGAGAAGGAUGAUAGGCACUUAUCCAAAGACCACUCCUCCUCAUCUGCUCCACCACCGCUACCUUCGUUAUCAUCUGCAUCUUCCAAGAGGUCUCGGAGAAGAAGUGAUAGUGAUGAAGAGCACAGUGAUGAUGCAGGUUCAUCAGGAUCAUCAUCUCCUGAUUCUAGGGAAGGAGAUGCUGGAGGAGGGAACAAGGAGAAAGAGAGGAGUCCGAGUCCAGUCAAGAUUUUAUCAGAUACUGAGAUGAACCAGCUUGGUGCAAAGCUAGUAAAAGCAGAGAUCAUGGGCAAUGAGGCCCUCGCUCAGAAACUGAAAGCAGAAAUUGAGAGUGCUCGUCAGGCCAGGGUUGCCCAUAAGACAAAGCAAUUGGAGAGUAAGGAAAAAGAGAAAGCUCCUUCAAAGAAGACUGGUAAGAGGUCACAUGAAGAAAGAGAAGAAGUCAUCUUGACCAGAACUGACCAUAGUGGACAGAGCUGGCCGCUGGCCGAGCAAACAGCUCCCCCUACAGGUGGAAAGAAGAUGAAGAAAAAGAAUAUUGUAACCCACGACAAGGGAGGGGAGAGGGAGAGAUACUUUGCAGAUGAUGAUGAUGUUGACCUGGAGACAAUGGUGAGAAGAGAAAAGAUGGGAUCUUCUGAUGAUCAUAAUAGACUUCUCAACAAAGUAGCCAGCAAGAAACUAGCGUUGCUUGAUUCGGAGUUCAACACCCUGGAUGAGAUGUUUGUUUCAUCAGCAGCAAAGGCCGAGUCCAAGUCAAAGGUGGAGGAACGUGAAAGGUCAAAGGCCAUCGCUGACCAUCAGCAUACCAUGUCCAGGCUGUCCAAGUGUCCUUUCUGUCUUGAAAGUGAAGAGAUGAAGAAGCAUUUGAUUGUAGCACUCGGGUUAAAGGUGUAUCUGUGUGUGCCACAGACAAGGUGUAUUUCCGAAGGACAGUGCUAUAUUGUUCCAAUGCAACAUACGGUAGCUAGUACAGCAUUAGAUGAAGAUGUGUGGGCUGAAAUACAGGUGUUCCGGAAGGGUUUAACAAGGAUGUUUGAGGACCAUGAGAUGGAUGUGGCGUUUCUUGAGACCUGUAUGAAUCCUAUGAAGCAGAGGCAUAUGUGUAUUGAAUGUCUUCCCAUCCCUAGAGAGCUCGGAGAAAUGGCACCCAUCUACUUCAAGAAAGCUAUACAGGAAUCCGAGUCAGAAUGGACACAGAACAAGAAGCUGAUCGACACCAGAAAGAAAGACAUCCGUAGAUCUGUUCCUAGGGGAUUUCCCUUCUUCAGUGUUGAUUUUGGGCUCGAUGGCGGAUUUGCCCAUGUCAUUGAAGAUGAACUAGUCUUCCCUCAUUACUUUGGAAAGGAAGUGAUUGGAGGCCUUCUUGAUGUUGAACCUCGUCUCUGGAGACACCCGCCCAAGGAGAACUUUCAGGACCAGAGUAAACGAGUCCUGGAACUUAGUCAAUGGUGGAAACCAUUUGAUUGGACUAAGAAAAUUGAUAGGGAGAAGAGUUGAAGACCUGCCGGGUCUCAAUUUUAUGUGAAACCAGCAGGUUAAAGUCUAGGAACCCUGCCAGUGAUAUAACCCUGCCAUUGGACUAGGAAAAUUGAGGUGGAGAAGAGUUGAAUCAUGGAGGCAAGCCAGGUCUCAAUUUUAGGCCAAACCAGAAGUUGAAGUUAAAGUCCAGGAAUUUUGUUAGGGUUGGAACCCUUUGAUUGGUCUUAGAAAAUUGAUCGGGAGAAGAGUUGAUGAUUGUUGAACCGUGGAGAUAUGUGCUAUGAUGGAGUUUACUACUGUUUUGACUGCCCUGGGCCCUGUUAACAUAACACUUAAUGAUUGAUCUUGGGGCUGAUUUUAAUGAUAGAUUGCAUUGACUAUUGUAUAUUAUCAAUUCGGUGGAUUCACAAUAUGGUGCGCCAUGUAUCAGUUGCAGUGAACAGGCCAACUGUCUUACUUCGCGGUCCACAUCACGCAGGCAGCGCACAGUGCUAGUGUACUGUUAUGUAACUGUGAUGCUUAAUAAAAUGAAAACCAUAUGGCAAAAGCGGAGGAACAAUUCACUGAAAACGGUAUAAAUUUGGCAAAGAAAUAUGCGAGCAAUUUUUUUUCCCAUCUCCUGGACACUAGACAGCAUAUGCCAACCGGCUGAGCCGCAUCAGCCAACACUGAAUAAUCACAUGCAUGCAUGCACUAUAGUACUAGCAGGCACAACAGAUGUAAACUUUUUCCCAUGAGGCAUUGCCUGUCCGCUGCAAUUGAUAGAUGGCGCACCGUAUUGUGAAUCCACCGAAUUGUAGAACUCGGCCCAACGAUCAGUCGCCAUUCUUACUGUGUACAGGGACUGAUACACUUUGCCCAACCCUGAAAUAUACUGGAUCUGGGAGACAUCCUCCCUUUGGCAAUGCGACAAAGAUGUAUGGUGUCAAAUGAACAACUUCCCCAUUAUUUACGUCCAUAUUUCACUUUCAUUGUCAGUUUUAAUAUGUCUAUUUGUAUGUGUUAUUUUUAUUAUUUUUUAUGGGAGGACAAUGUACUAUCAUUAGAAUGAUCAAAAGAAAUGUUCUGGCGGAUAUUUUGUUCAGGUUCCAAAGAAGAGUUUUUCAUGGGUGACGUCACACAUCGCGGUCACAUUUCCAAAAGGAAGAUCUCAACAUUCAAAUGCUCAUGACAUUAUUUUUACUUGUCCAAUUGUUCUCAAACUUUCAUAAACUGUAUUCUUUAAUUUUCUGUUUUCACACAAGCUGACUUGUUCCAAGGAUUUCUUUCUCUUUAAAUCUGGGGCCUGUUUCAUAGAGGGUUACAACUGUUGUAACUUUGCCAUUUAUGGCAACUACCAUAGCAACAGGGCUCAGCAGCCAAUCAAAAUCAAGGAUACCCGGCAGUUGCCAUAAUGGCUCAGUUAUAACUCUUUAUGAAACAGGCCUCUGGUCUGAAAAACUUGGGAGAUUAUGCAGAUUCAAUUCUAUGACAGAAGUGUAGUUAAAUGAUCAGUGGAAUUUUUAAAUGUAUUUAAUACCAUUUGCAAACGGAUAUUUCCUAUUUUUAACCUCUUGCUAUUUGUGAAUAAAUUAAUUAAGAUGGA